UCCUCCUCCUACCCCGCCUGUUUGGCGGCGGCGGAGGCGGCGGUGGUGGCAGCGGUUGUCCCUGCCUCUCCGCCACCUCCACCUCGGCCUGUCCCCUGCCGGCGGCGUUGGCGGGGAGGGGGACAGUAGUUGUAGACGGCUGCCCCUGCCUCAGAGAAGAUACCACACUGAAUGAACAAAGACUGAAUACGUUUUGUAAAAGGCUUGUAAGGAGUAAUGCCAUAGUUUGAAUCACAGUGGGUUUCACGUUAUGAGCUCCUCAGUUGUUACACAGUCUUACUACUUGGGGAAAGUUGAUACUGAAAAACUGAAGCAAUUAAAGGGUGAAUAUGAUCAGAUUUCUCCACCAAGUUCUGAUGAGGAGAAUCCCUGGUUGUCAACCUAAUGAAGCAUUCAGAGAAGAUAUAUGACUCUUUUCAAGAUGAGCUUGAAGAUUAUAUCAAAGUGCAGAAAGCCAGAGGCUUAGAGCCAAAGACUUGUUUCCGAAAGAUGAGAGAGGAUUAUUUGGAAACCUGUGGGUACAAAGAAGAGGUUGAUUGCAGACCCAGGUACAGAAUGUUUGAUCCGAGACUCCCGUAUGAGACCGUCCAGACCUCCCCAAGAUCGCGCAGUAUCUCGCACACAGUGGAAAGGCGGUUACCGCAGUGGCCACCAGCCGGUGACAGCAGGUGGAGCCUGGGCUCCCUGAGCUGCUGUCAAUCCGCCAGGGACUGUUUCUCAGGAACCCCAGUACCCCUGAGCCUUAGUCAGCAGGAGUAUAACUGUCGCUCACACAGUGUAGAAUCUGGAGUUUCCAAGCACCUCUCCUCAGAAAACGGAGCCAGUGCCCACCAAGCUGGUUAUAAACAGACGCAUCGGAAGAGAUCAAGGCGCCCAGAGGAAGGCAGAGGACAACCAGGGGAGGAGCGGCCCAAGCAUAAGAGGAAAAAGGCUUGUGAGGAAGUAGAUUCAGACAAACACAGGAGCAUCCAGAGAAACGAAACAGAGCUGGAAGCUGUCAAACCCAGUUCAGAAAAGCCUAAGAAUCGAAAGGAGAAAAAAAGCCGAGAUGUAGCUUCUAAGAAAGAGGGACGUAAGCGUAGGAAAGAGAAGAAGGAACAAGGCAAAGAAAGGACAGAGGAGGAGAUGCUUUGGGACCAGUCUAUCCUCGGGUUUUGAAGCUUUUGAACUGGUCCUCCCGUGGUUAAACUGAAGAUCGCGGAGGGGCUCGGCUCUGUGUCCGUGUUCCAGCACGCUUCCCGUGUGAGCAGGUGCGCAGGCAGGGUGAGCAGGGAACAUUUAGCACGUUUGCUCUCCAACGUGGAGACGGCUGUUCUUCAUUUUCUAAAAUCAGCGCUACGUUGCCUUUACACAUAACGUAAUUCCCCUUAACGAGAGUGGCUUCGCUUUUGUUCGUCAAAUUGCUGUGAUGGUGGAAGUGUUUUUCUUGGAAGGUCAUUUAUUUGAAAUUGGAGGAUAGGCAGGCUUUGCAGAAUCUAUUUCUACAUUGGGCUUUAGUUUGGGGUGGGGUAUUUUUAUAUUCAUCAGUUUUCCUUAUGAAGCAAUUUAGAUUCUUUUUCCUUUACUAGAGCUAACUUGCAAUAUAUUUUCUAGAUUGGAAAGUGGAAAAUGCAAUAGAGUAUAUAAUAAGCUUAGGUUACAUACAGUUUUGAACAUUUCAGAGUCUUAUACAAAAUCAGUUUAUAUUCUGGAAAUGUUUAUAAUAUAAUAAAGUUAUAGUUUCUACA